CAAGUGCAACAAGUGUACCAAAAGGGCCAUUUAACCGACUGCUGCUAAACACUUUUAAAUUAGCGGUAUCUUGCAAGUCAGAAAUGGUGUCAUGCAAAGUACAGUAGACUUGUUCAGUCGCCAUGACGCAGCAUUUCUCACAUGGCAUUUAAGCUGGUAAAAGAAACGUAGGUCUAUCUACUUGCAAGUCAGAAAUCGUGUCACAUAAAGUAGUAAGACUUGUUAAGGCACCAUGACGCAGCAUUUCUCACGUCAGAUGGUAAAAGAAACGUACACGUAGGUCUACUGUUGUUUCUCCUUUUUAAUAAAUACUCUCCGACAGAGCACUAUCCCCUGUGACCCACUUGGCGUAACUGUUAUAACAUUCUUGCGCAUUCAACCCUUGAAACGUGGGCGUGCGCUAUAUCGCGGCAAAUUACAAGAAAAUUGUUGUCGGAAAUUGUUGAGCACAACCACAAUCCACGCAAACUAAGCAGUAUUAACUGACACAUUUUCGGUGAAAUCUGUGAGAUAAUGGCCGAAGACAUGUUUCUUCUUUGGGGUUCUGGCUCUCCUCCAUGCUGGAGAGUCAUGAUUGCGCUUGAGGAGAAAAACCUGCAAGGCUACCAACACAAGUUGUUGUCUUUUGAGAAAGGAGAACACAAAUCAAAGGAGGUCUUCGAUGUUAAUCCGAGAGGACAAGUCCCCUCAUUUCGCCAUGGGCCCCAUAUGAUAAAUGAAUCUGUUGCAGCCUGCAUGUACUUGGAGAACCAGUUCAAGUCCCAGGGAAACCAACUUAUCCCCAGUGACCAAGCAGGAUUUGCCUUGGUGUACCAACGGAUGAUUGAGGCCCCCAAUGCACAGCAGAAAAUGAUCGAUGUUCUGCUGUACAACUUUCACACGCCUGAGGAAGAGAGACAGGAGGCAGCACUAAAGAAAAAAAAUGAGGCAGCAACAACUGAAUUUCAGUUGUGGGAGGGCUACCUGCAGAAGACUGGACCAUACAUGGCUGGACAAAACUUCUCAUUGGCUGAUGUUGCGUUUUUUCCAACUUUGGCCCUUGCGUUCCGCCUGGGGUUGAGUCAGAAUAAGUAUCCCAAACUUGCUGAGUACCAUGAUUUUCUGAAGGAUCGACCCAGUAUCAAGGCCACGUGGGCCCAGCAUUGGCUCGAGAACCCCCCAUUUAAGAGUCCUCCUCUGGCGAUCCUGUGAGCUAUCUGGGGUGUGCUCCAAGUAGGUGGUUUAGUGGCAGACCUGUGUAUGUUAACCCAGAGGAGUGUGGUAAACCUCUCUAAUUAUGGCUGUCAAACAGUUUAAGAAAAAAAAACGAAUUAAUCUCAUAUUUUGAAAUGAAUUCAUCUAGAUUAAUUGCAAAUUAAAAAGUAGAUUUUUUUUUAUAUUUUUAAAGGGCAUAUUAAAUGCAACAUGAAUCACAAAA